AUGGUCGUUGCCACUCUCAUCAAGGCCAAAUAUCGACUCGUCAACCCUGAUUUACCGCUACCUCUCCCUACCCGCCGUGGGCCAGUAGGCGUCCUUUGCCCGGUGUGUACGACGCCUAUGAAAUACCUCAAAUCGAAUGAGGAUUCGUGGCUGAUUGGGUGCCCCACUCCCAACAACUCGCAUAAUUGGAAGUGGUGGCGCUGUGACCAGCUGAAUCACGAGCUUGCCCUCAUCAACCUAGGCGCACCGAGGCCAAUCAUCUCAUCCAAGUCUGACUGGGGUCCACGGGUCUCACCCUCUGGCCAGCAUCUCGAACCAAAGCCAGUUCGCAAUCACCACGAUUGCAACCCCUUUCACCCCUACUUGCAACGACCUCAGGUCGAGAAUACCACGACCCAUCAUACCUCAGCUCGCGCUCCGCGCUCUAAACCGGUUGUGAAGUGCCAACGAUCCCUCGAGGGGCCAACGGCUCAAAGCCACAAGAGCGCCGCCAACAAAGCGUGUCUGUCGCAGUACUGCCUCAAUUGUUGCCUAGCUUAUGGGUCACCUCUGUGUCGGCAACACCCUCGCACUUCCACAAGUGGCGGCACCCCGCCCCACCAACGGCACGACUUGAGCACCACGAGCCUUAAUCGCCUGUUAAGCAACCCAAGCGAUCCAACUACCUCCGGCACCGACUCUGCCGCCAUCAUCCCAGCCCAAUCAAGAGCGCCAGCCUCGCAAAGCCAACCUCAUCAGUGGGCGCAGGCGUCCAAUUCCUUGGGCCGCCGCAUCGACGUUGAAUCUGUGGCUCUGAUUCAACAGCUCCGCGCUCAGCGAGACCGAGAAGCAGAGUUGAGGGCAAAUAGCCUGAUUGACGAAAAGAACAUGGUCACAAUCCACCUAUGGGUUAACAAUAAUGAAAAGCAGGCUAUAACCGCAAAGUUUCCACAAUGGCCACUUGCUCGCCUCGAUCAAAGCCCACUGUUGGUACAGGCAGUCAUUAAGGCUGUGGGCUCACAAUGGAACCAAGCGCUCAGCUUUUGGGACAAGCAAAUCUACGCCUGGCAUGACACACUAGCGAGUUAUCCACAUCGAUUCUCUAGUCGCACUAUAGUAGUGCGACUACAGACUGUCACCGUUCCUGAAAAUGCGAUACCGCCCGCAAUGCGAAACCCUACUACGACCCAACCACCACCCUGUGCCAAAGAAUAUCGAUCAAGUUCAGACCUUCCGCCGAUAUACGACAUGCCUUUGUCAUUGCCACCUGCCACUAUUGAGUUCGAUGGCCAUGAAAGCCAAGUCGCUGCUGAACUUGACUCUACAGCGUCCCACCUUUCACUGGCGACGACGACGCGACGUCUACUCGGACAUGAGCAAACCCCCAGUACACCGAGUACCAACAUAGAUUCAACUCAGCCACUCAAUGAUGACAUUGAGGCCGAGGUAGAGCGAACAAACCAUGCCGAGCCCUCCUCUUCAAUGACGCUGAAGAAGCGCUGGCCACCAACAAACUCACCCGUCUCCAGCCUGCUGGAAUGGUAUCAGGAGACUGUAAACGGCAAUGUCAAGCAGAAGUGGAUGACGCGUUGGGGCGGUGAAUGGCAGUUGAAACCAUCUACUAUGUAUAGAUACCGACUUUGGAUUGAUGAAGUCACCUACCUGCGGUUUCAUGCCAAGUACGGCUCACUACCACAGGCUUCUGUGGGCGAGGCUCGCGACUUCUACAAGGCCGAGUUUAAUAAAGUGGCGUAUGUCAAGGCCAGAGAUGUGACGGCGCCUUUACGUAUUCAAAAUUUAAAAACCUGUUUACUAACAAUUUUUGAAUUUUUCAACGCUCUCUCAUACUUCUCAUACUCCAAUGAUUGCAGGACCCAUAAGUGGAAUUCUCUUCUGGUUCUCUCACGAAAUUGUGGUGAUACUUCUGAUGUGCACAAUGCCAUUAAGUACUGA